AUGGUUUGGCCUACACACAGACCCGACUCCGAAUAUCCUCUUUGGCUGCUUGAGCACAUGAAAGAAAUCUUCGUCGCCCAGCGCAUUCCGUCUUCGCACGAUCUCUACAGCUACUACGGUCUCCUGCUUUCAUGCAAGACUGUCUAUGGCGAAUUCGAGCAUGAGUGGCUCAAGGUCUACGUCCCAUGGUUCAAGAAGGAGUUUGACAUCCACAACUUUGAUCUUCCAACUAUCAGCAAGAUAGGGGAUACGGCACACGUGCGCAUCGGCCUUCCAAUGCCAUCAGGUGGUUGGCUCCAGUCUCCGCUUGUUAUUCUCUCCGGUGUUCGCAAGCUUGCCAACAACUUGCCUUCGUUCUGCAUCUAUCCCAUUUCGUCGCUUGCGUCCGAUCAUACGCCGCUUACCCGGGAGCAGAUCAAGCGCUUUGCGAUUGGUGCGUCAGGCCAGGAAGAUAGCCCUUUCCUGCACUCAAUGCUAUUAGUUGCAAGUGUUUUGGCAAAGUUAAGGACCCCCAUUGACACAUUUCAAUAUCGCCCCAUAUUAGGGGAAGACUUCCAGGAUAUUGCGAUGAAUUGGGCGUGGAAGAAAGUGGUAGCUAGGCGCGAGAAGAUCGACGGGUGGAAAGAAGUGGAGUGGCGCGAUGACGUUUUUCGACCUGACCGCCCCCUACAGCCGCCUAAGACGCGCAGGUCCUACCAUCAGCCAUCAAGUUCUGGUUAG